AUGUUAAUUGUAUGUUUUAAGGAGAUCAUUGUGCAAGACCUAGUUCAACUUGAACAUUCCAACCGCAAAACAACGAGCAACAGAAGCCUAAAAAUCACACAUGGUGAAGUCGUCAUCGACCGGAAGAGCAUAUUUCAGGUUCAUGCGGCUCUUAUAACCCCGGUGGAGCAAGUCAAGACGGUGUGCCGGGCAGCACGGCUUGUAAUGUCCCGAGUCCCAGUCGGUUGCAUAGGCGGGGUUGAAGUAGUAAAGUCAGCAGGCAGUGUUAUGGUUACUAGCAAUACCAAGUGCAGGCUGAAUCAGGCUACGGGAGCCACUAACGUAACGGUGGUUGUGUCUCGCUGGCGUGGAGGAGUAAACAUUGGCCCAGACCGCUUUCGUCACAUCCACAGUGUGGCGAGUCAGGGGCUGCUGCAGCUGGGUUUAGUGAAGAAAAAGUAGCGACCAGAUCCAGCUACAGUAUUGACCCACUCAUAUGCAAUAACAAAAAUUAUGAACAAAUUGAUAGAAGUUUAUGCGCGCGCGUGUGUGUGUGCGCGCGUAUGUGUGCUUGUGUUU